CAACUCUGGAUAAUCUGGGGUUCGAUUGUUCCACCACUUAACGAGAUUGCCCUCAGCCAUCGUACAUCUUCAUCUCGUUGCUUGAUGCCACCAUCCGGCUUGUCAGGCUGUCAACAAUGAGAUGCAGCUCUGCAGCGACGAUAUCGACUGCAUGUGCGGACAUGUAGCCUCUUCCUCCCUGGCAAGUUGUGCGCCACGGCGCGGAAGAAUUAUAGCUGAGCCACGAGGACUUUCCAACGACCUGAAUUGAAGAUGUUGCCAUUCUGGGGUAAUACCUGGACUAUAAGUACCAUGCUCAGCGGUCCGAAUUCUGAGCAGCCAGAGAUUGCUCGGCCCUUCUCCUAUCUGCUCUCGCCUCGGUCAAGAUGAAGCUCUCACUCAUCUCCAUUCUUUCCCUUGCUUUCGUAACAACGGCUAUCCCGUCGGGAGCCGACUACAGCCUGGUCGGAUUUGCCAAGGACAACCCAAUUGGACCGACUACUGGCGGCGCUGGCAAGAAGAGCCAGACUGUUACAGUCUCUUCAGUUGAAGCUCUCGUCUCAGCUGUGGCUGGCACAGAGCCGAAGAUCAUCUAUGCCAAGGGUAACUUCAACUUGACAUCCCGUCUGCGACCCGGCAGCAACAAGUCAAUUAUCGGCGUUGGCAAGGGCGCGGAGAUCACUGGUGCUGGUAUCUCCAUCGUCAAUGCGACCAACGUUAUUCUUCGCAACUUUGCCAUCCGCAAAAUUGUCAAUAACGAUGGCAUUACCAUUCAGAACAGCACUCGCGUCUGGAUUGACCACAACGAGUUCAGCUCCGAAAUUUCCGUUGAGAUUGGCCCUGACUACUACGAUGGACAGCUGGACAUUGUCCGAGCUUCGGAUUGGAUUACUGUCUCCUGGAACUACUUCCACGACCACUGGAAGAGCUCCUUGAUUGGCAAUAGCGAUGCAUUGAGGGAUGUUGACAGUGGCCACCUUCACGUCACCUACCACCAUAACUACUGGAGGAACUCCGGCACCCGAGGACCCGCUGGCCGCUUCGGUCACCAGCACAUCUACAACAACUUGUACCAGGACUUCUUGUACCAGGCUAUCCACAGCCGUAGCGACAACCAGGUUCUUGUCGAGGGCAACGUCUUCACCGGUAACACAAGGGAGGCGUUGAGCACUUACGGUCUCGUCAUCCCCGAAGACAGCCCUAACACCAGCCCCGACGGCGACUUCGAGAUUGACGGAUUCGCCAACCUUGGUGCGACAAAGAAACCACAUGCUAACAUCUUGGCAGAGAACGAUUUCGGGAAAGCUCGCGUCAAUAUCACCCAGGUCGGAAACUUUACCAAGGCUCCCUACAAGUACAAGCUCACCUCCCUCAAGGACGUCACAAAGGUCGUCAAGCAAGGUGCCGGUAUUGGAAAGGUCUAG